AUUAGGGAAAGAAAUAACCCGUCAAAUAAUUACUCUAUACCCAAAUAAUUACUCUUAUUUUUGUGGAAUUUUGCGAACCCAACAAUGCAUUUCGGUCAAGGGGUGACCCGGUGCCCUAGCUUUUUCGUCCGGGGUAACAAACCCAACUGAUACGAGAAAAAAACAAAAGAGACUGCUCAUAGAUUUUCUGGACUUGCGAAGGAAUAACCACAAUGAGCUUAGCACUCAUCCAAUCCUACUCCUCCGCAGAAGAAGACGACGUCGACGACGAAGCCCGAAACGACCUUCUCCACUUCCACAACUCCUCAGACGACGAACGCGACAACGCCGUUUCCGAUUACGCCUCCAAACCCUUGUUCGACCUCCCAAAUGGUGCCUCCUCCUCCUCCUCCUCUCUCCCCUCGGCCUUCGACGCUUUCUCUGAAGUUUCGGGGCCGCCGGGGUUUCUGAACAGUUGCGUGGAAGAACCGGGCUUGGCGACGGGAGACGGCAGUGGACCCCGGUGGCGGCAUGGGCGUAGGAGGAAUCGGAAAGAGAAGAAGGAUUUACCCGCCGGUGCUGUAAUGGAGGCCAAACCCCUUCUUGUUGGAAUUCAUGAGCGAGUAAGAAGUGAUAUCCAGGGAAACACUCCUCCAACACCAGCUGUUCAACUUGAUGGUUUAUUGAGCACAGCACAAGGAGGAGUCAAGCGAAUGGCAACUGCCACCAAUCCAAAUGCUGAAGAUGCCGCUGAACUUCUGAGGAUGUGCGUGCAGUGUGGAAUACCAAAGACAUUCUCCAAUGCAAGGGGAAUGGUCUGCCCAGUAUGUGGUGAUCGCCCUCCUGUGGACCCAAACAAUGAUGCUGCAAAGAAGAAAGGAUCCCUCAUCAAAGAUAAGGAGAAGAACAAGAGGAUGAAAGGCCAGUCAUCUCAUUCAACUUGGAAGAGUGAGACCGAAAUGCAGCUUCGGCAGCAGUUUGAUUAGCAGGAUCUUAAGAGCAUUGCGGUGGGAUUUCUGGGUAAUAUAACUCGAUGUAGAAGUUUGGUAGAUAGUUGUAUAAUUGUUGUACUUUGAGCUGCUUAAUUUGUCGAUCUAUGCGCGUCUUAAUUACCGGAAAAGUUUUUGACAUCGCUGGAAGCCUGGAACUGUGUUUUUACUGUUAACGAAGCGAAAAGGGAAGAUUUUAGAUCAAGAAA